CUUGGCGUAGGUGGGAGAGGGACCGGACACGGGUGACAGGCGGCCCCACAACUGCUCCUACCACGCUCCCUGCUGCCUCUCUCACACUCUCACACUCCAGACAUGGCACUCAACACACCUGUCAUAGUCUCCGCUGCCCGCACGCCCGUUGGAUCUUUUAAUGGGUCGCUGUCAUCACUCCGGUCCCAUGAGCUGGGCUCACUAGUCAUCAAGAAGGCUCUCUCUCAAGCAACAAUUGUACCUGAAGAUGUUUCCGAGGUUAUUCUUGGUCAGGUGCUGACUGGAGGACAAGGUCAAAACCCGGCCCGCCAAGCAGCUGUCAAUGCAGGUCUUCCCUACACUGUCCCAGCAUCGGUUGUCAACAUGCUCUGUGGUUCAGGUCUGAAAUCUGUGGCUAUAGGUUGCCAAGCAAUAAUGGUCGGAGACGCAUCGGUUGUGGUUUGUGGUGGUCAGGAAAGUAUGAGUCAGGCUCCUCACGCUCUACACCUGCGAUCACCAGUUAAAAUGGGACCGGCCACGAUGGUAGACACAAUGAUGAUAGAUGGAUUAACAGAUGCGUUCCAUAACUACCACAUGGGAGUAACGGCUGAAAAUGUUGCAAAGAAAUGGAAUUUAACAAGAUUGCAGCAGGAUACAUUUGCCCUUAAAUCUCAAGAAAAAGCCGAGGCUGCUCAACAAGCAGGCUACUUUGACCAGGAAAUUGUACCGGUUUUAGUUCCAGGCCGGAAAGGUGCAACAGAAGUGAAAACGGAUGAAUUUCCACGACAUGGCUCCACUUUGGAUGGGUUAUCCAAGCUGAAACCUUGUUUUGUUACUAAUGGCACUGGCACAGUAACCGCAGGAAAUGCAUCGGGUAUUAAUGAUGGUGCAGCAGCAUUGGUGUUAACGAGCGAGAUGGAAGCCAAGAAUCGAGACAUCAAGCCACUAGCCUCCGUCGUGUCCUGGGCCCAGGCUGGAGUGGACCCAGCCAUUAUGGGUACUGGACCAAUUCCAGCAAUUAAAUCAGCAUUGAAAAAAGCUAAUUGGAGCAUAGAUGAAGUGGACUUGUGGGAGCUGAAUGAAGCCUUUGCUGCACAGAGCUUAGCUGUUAUUCAAGAGCUUGGCAUUAACUUAGAGAAAGUUAAUGUUAAUGGUGGUGCUAUUGCCUUGGGGCACCCAAUUGGAGCUUCAGGUGCAAGAAUUCUGGUGACAUUGCUGCAUGCAAUGCUGCGACUGAACAAAAAACGAGGAGUGGCCGCUCUCUGUGUUGGAGGAGGAAUGGGCAUUGCUGUAUGUGUAGAAAAAGUUUGAUGAUGAUACGAGUAAUAUGACAGUGAUAAUUUUCCAAAUUUUAGGGAUGGAUUACUCAAAUCUCAGUACAGGUAUUGUAUGUGUAAAGACACUGCGAGUCUCAUUGUUUAUUAUGAUCUGGUCUGUUUUAAUGUUUUAUUUAGCCUAAUACAGCAUAUUGUAGCUCAAAUAUGGUGCCUUUUAUAUAUUAAGAUAGUUUAAUUUUUUGAAUCAAUUAUAUAUCUAGAGCAGUUCAGGGUAAUAGAAUUAUUGUUACAAUUUUUUUUUUUAUCGUAAACAUUCCUGGCACUUUCCUGGUCACGUAAUGGUGUGACUUUGUGCUGUUGCCUCCCUUGCCAGGUGGCUGAUCUUGCUCUCUCUUGAUUUUGGAACAUUCCAUGCUGACCAGUUUAAAUGUUUGAAUUGGAGCAAUCUGUUAUAUUACAUAUUAUUUUCCGAUUGUACACUACUUGCUUUUCUCUACAUUCGAUAUUUUUUGUUGCCUUAGCGUGAGUUAUCGGGUAGAUGAGCAAUUUUUUAAUGUAAUUGCAAUGAGUCAGAACAUUGUAAGUUUCACAGUUCAAAUUAUGGGAGGUGAUUGUAACCAAUAUUUUGUAGUAGUACAGACCACAUCUGAAUCUGUUAUCCAAAAUCUCCAUGGCAGAAACCUACACAGUAUAUAUUGUAUAGAGACCUUUUAACUUAAUUUGCUUAUUCAAUGUUCUAACUUGCGUGGGUUUGAACGACAAUGCGAGUCAUCGGAAUAACCUGGCAAUACAGUUACAAAACCUUGUCCCUGUUUUCCCCCCACAUCUCUCCUCCAACGCUUUAUACGUCAGGGAACGUAAUUAGGGGGAAAAAAAUUGUGUGGAUGGCUUUCCACUUGAAAAUUUAGAAUUUUGUUCAGUGUAGGUCAGAAUUUGACUUAUGGAUGUGCCAGAGGAAUUAUUCUGGAAAUGAAUUUGGGCUUCUCUAAAGGCUUCUCUAUUCCUUUCAUAGAGAACCUUGACCAAAGAGUUUUGGGUAUAGGAAAGGCAAUGGUUCUGGUUUUUAAUGUAAUUUGUAAAGAUAUUUGUGUGUGGCAUCUUGAGGUUAUCUUGAGCAUUGUGCUGAAGGCUGGAAGAAGAGAAAAAGAUCAGGGGAAAGUGCCAAGCCACAACGACUAUAUAACUGGAGCUAUAUAGUUGAAUGAAUGAAAGAAAUGUUAUAUAGAGCCACAACAGCUAUAUCUGCCUGAAGGCUGGAGAUUACUACAGCCCAGUAAGAACUUUAUCUUGAACAGGUUUAGGUUAUUGUUAAAAGGUUCAAAUAGCUAUCAUGUUUGGUUGUAUUUAAAACAUAAUUUAUAUUAUUUUUAUUAUAAAGAUUAAAUUAUUAGAAAGCGAAGAUUAUAUAUAACCAGUUUCAGGAUAUUCUGCUCCCACAUUUGGCGAAAAGCCAAGUUUCACCGGUGGCUCCGUAAUCGGCCAAGUUUCACCGGUGGCUCCGUAAUCGGCCAAGUUUCACCGGUGGCUCCGUAAUCGGCCAAGUUUCACCGGUGGCUCCGCAAUCGGCCAAGUUUCACCGGUGGCUCCGUAAUCGGCCAAGUUUCACCGGUGGCUCCGUAAUCGGCCAAGUUUCACCGGUGGCUCCGUAAUCGGCCAAGUUUCACCGGUGGCUCCGUAAUCGGCCAAGUUUCACCGGUGGCUCCGUAAUCGGCCAAGUUUCACCGGUGGCUCCGUAAUCGGCCAAGUUUCACCGGUGGCUCCGUAAUCGGCCAAGUUUAAUUGGUGAUGCCAGAGUCAGCCAGGCUACUGUUGUUGCCUCGUACUGUACCUGGAAAAAGGCAUCACGACCUGGAUAGAUGUUGAGAAAUAUUUUGAAAUUAUUGUAUAAAAUGCUGUAAUGUACAGUAUAUUACAGUAAUUACAUCACCAUUUGACCCUGUAGCACAGUGGUCUGUGUCCUCGGCUCACAACCGAGGUACCCGGGCUCAAUCCCCGUGUGGGACAGAUAUGGUUGUGCACAUUUCCUUUCACUUGCUGCCUCUGUUCAGCUGGCAGUAAAGUAGGUACGUGGGAGUUGGGGAAAUGUUGCAAGGUGCAUCCUGAGGAAGGUCGGUAGAUGGUCUAGGUGGGACCUCGAUAAGCUUAAAUACAGGCUUCCUAUUCCCGACAGUGGGAAUUAUUAUGCAAAACAACCCACACACACACACACAAACAAGAAACAUACACGUGUGCACGCAAACAAGAAACAGGCACGUGUGCACACGGCUGAGUGGGGCCUGAUGGCUGAGUGGACAGCAUUCGGGAUUCGUCGUCCUAAGGUUCUGGGUUUGAUUCCCGGCGGAGGCAGAAACAAAUGGGCAGAGUUUUUCACCCUGAUGCCCCCCUGUUCACCUAGCAG